GCGUUGACGGUUAACAUAUCACAACACAACAGUUGAAAAUUGCAUGUUGGUGGUUAGAGUUUGUAAAUUGCUAUUGUUGAGGCGAAGCUGUUUUAAUACUACAAAAUACAAAUGAAUAAGAGAAAGUGAGGAAUGGCGACAUCUAAUCAUGUUUACGGUCAUUUGAAAGUGAUCAAGAAAGAUGGUAAAGACGGAUCUUGUUAUCCGUUGCUGUAUACCAGUAUUAUAGGCAGUGGAGUAAAUUGUGAUAUACGUAUUCAUGCACCUGGAGUUGAAGAUGAUCAUUGUUCCAUUUCUCCUACAGAUUUGGGACGGGUGACAGUUAAAAACUUGAGCAAAACAGGUACGGUUGAAGUAAAUGGGUCGAACAUCAAAAAUAGAUUGGUACCUUUGACUCAUUGUGAUGUUAUUUCUGUUGCUCAUCGAUCAUUUCGUUUUGAGUACCCUUCAGAGUCUCCUUUCUGCGUCGCUAAGAAAUUUUGGGCGGCUGAAAAGUUGGUUCCGAACUCGGGGACAAGUGGUUCAAUUGAGUCGAACCAGCCGGAUGGUCAAAAGACACCAGCAGGUACUUCUCCUGGCAAAAAUUCGCUUUGGAACUUCUCUCCAUUUUCGUCGCUGGCCAGUCGUCAAGUGGCUGUUGUCACUCCUGUGAUGCGCGUGCAGAAUGAGAAUGUUGAUAUUUCUGCAAAAUCAAGGCGACAUCGCUCUUUGGCUCCAAAUUCUCAUGGGAAUCAUGACUUACCAGUAUUACGGCGUGCUGGUAGCACAGAAGUUCUGGUGCAGUUCAACUUAAAAAGUACACUAAAGAAGAAGUCUGUUGGGGCAGAUUAUAAGGUAGAGCGAAAAACACCUCUGAAAACUCCAAGGCAGAAAAAGUCUCUGAAAACUCCACAGCGGAAAACGCCUAUGAAAACUCCUGUCUCAGUGGCUACAAAGAAAUUUGGUGUACCCAGGAAUUCUGCUUCGAAGUCUUGUGGAAAACAAGGCUUAACAUCUGAUCUUCCUGUUGAAAGUUCUGGAAGUGUGCAGGAAAAGACUCCUUGUGGGGAUGUUACUAAAAUAAAGGGGAAAACACCACUAAAGACUCCACGUUCGGGAGCUGCGAAGAAACAAGAAUUGCCAGAAUCUCCCUGUGUCGACAGUGCUGAAGUCAUUGUCCAGUCAGUUUCUGAAAGUAAAAAGAAAAAGAAAUCAGUUGGGGCUGUUUAUAAAGUAAAUAGAAAAACACCACUUAAGACUCCACGUUCGGGAGCUGCGAAGAAACAAGAAUUGCCAGAAUCUCCCUGUGUCGACAGUGCUGAAGUCAUUGUCCAGUCAGUUUCUGAAAGUAAAAAGAAAUCAGUUGGGGCUGUUUAUAAAGUAAAUAGAAAAACACCACUGAAAACUCCACGUUCAGGAGCUGCAAAGAAACUAGACUUGCAAGCGUCUCCCAGUGUCGACAGUACUGAAUUUGUAGUACAGUCCCCCUCUAGAAGUAGGAAGCAAAAUAAUUCGAUUGGGUCAGUUAACAAAGUUAAGGGGAAAACACCACUAAAAACUCCUCGUUUAGGAUCUGCGAAGAAAACUGACUUAACAGUAUCACCCCACGUUGACAGAGCCAAAAUUGAAGUUCAGUCAGUUUCAGAAAGUAAAAAGAAAAAUAAGUCAAUUGUAGGUGUCUGUAAAGUGGAGGAAGAAACAGUACUGAGAACUCCGCAUUUAGGUUCUGCAAAGAAAUUGGGCUUAUCUGCAAAAGCAAAAAAAUCACUGUCUGCUACACCUGCUCAAAAGUCUUCUCAGAGAUCACCAGCAUUGUCUGUUAAGAACAGCUGUGUUGCAGCAAAAUUGACAAACUCAAAAGUGACCCCAUCUAGAAACGUGGUUAAACGCAUGUCGAAAAAGUCUGUUGAAAGUACGCAAAAAGAAGAAAGUUCAGCAUCAACAGUCGAGUCCUCAUCUGCAACAAAAACUAAAAAAUCACCACGCAGAUUGACAUUAAAGAACAUUUCUGAACCACAAAAUCUCAGCACUAGGAAGAAAGUGGAUUAUAGUUCACCAGUUGAAAGUAGAAAACGUAAGCUUCAGGAGCUUGAAGCACGUUCUGAAAAGGCUGCAAAACGGCUGAAACUUCAGGGAUCUCCAAAAUCUCCAGACAAAAAGAAAAAUGCAGCUUUAAGACUUAUGUGCCGCAAAGAUUUUACACUUUCUGGAUCAAAGUACAUCCAAGGGACGAAAAGUGAAGUUGGAAAUAAAAAAAUACCUGUGGCUAGUCUUCACUCUACUGGCAAGCUUACUAAGAAGAGCAAGCUGCCUGUCAGGGUUGCUAAAAUAAGUGGUUCAAAAUCAUUAACUUCUUCUAAUUUGAAGAAGAGUGCCUUAGAAGUAAAACAUGGAUCUUUUAGAGCUCAGUUUUGCUUUUUGGAAUCAAAAAAUAAAAGUAAUAAAGAUGAACACUGUGAUUUAAUCCAUGAUGUGAGUGCAGAUAAAGCAAUCUGUAAGGUAGCCGAAGCAGAAAAGAAUGUGUCUGCCAAUCGACAGUUGAUUCUAGGAGAAAUGCAUGGCAGUGAAUCUAAUGGUAAUACACCUGAAUUUGGUGGUAAGAGCAGUUUUGUAGUUGAACCUCAAGCAACCGUAAGCCGUGGUAAGUCACGGAAGUAUUCUUCUCUUGAGCCAUUACAACAUCCAUCUUGUGGACAGACAUCUACUCCUCUGCCCAAAGAACAUCAAAAGAAAAAUGUGUCUCAAAUUGCUGUUGACUUGGAUGAUUCAGUUUUAGUUUAUGAUAAGAAUGGCACUCUAGGAGAUGCAGUGCUGGAAGAUGAAAGUGACAUUCGAUUAACACCUUGUUCUAGAUUAUCUCUGAGAAGUUCGUUUGGAUCUUAUGGCAAACCAUUGCAUACUGUUUCACUAGAAAAUAACCACAUUGAAAUUGAUGAGCAAUUACCAUCUAGUGUAGAAACCCCUGUUAGUAGUAAGAAACACAUUUCUUAUAAAAGUGAACCUGUGUCCACGCCAAUUUCAGCACGAAAGUCUUUGAGAAGCACAUCUGGACGUAAGCCAUCGACUUUGUCGCCAGAAUUUGACGUUACUCUCUCACCUGUAGAUGAUAGAACAUUCUCUUUAAACCAAUCUUCUACUGUUAAAGGCUUAGCUGACAAGAGUCCUGAAAGUCCAUCAAAGUUGCAUGAUGAUAUGGUAGAUCAUAGCUCUACAAGAAGUAAAUCCCAGGAAUGGAGUAAGAUUGCAUCACCUAAUUCACCACAAUUAAGUAAUGGUUUUUCAAUAAAAAGUCUUGAGAAGUCGGUUGAAAGUAAUGCUCGUUACAGUGGCAUGAAUAACUCUGAACAUCAGAGGUUUGAUAUUUCUUGUCCUAAGUCUUCAAGGCGUGAAUCACAGCGUAGCCGUAAAUCAUUGCGAAACAUUUCAUCUAUGACUGAGACUCCAAGCAGGAAGUCUUCAAAAACUGGCUCUCAAAGUUUGGUCACCACACCACUCGGUAAUGGUAGCCGUUUGUUUACUGAUGUAGAGGAAACUAUGGGAAUUAACACUUCAAGUGGUGAUAAGGAUGCAAAAUCAGUUUCCAAGAGAUAUAGUAAUAGUUCAUUGGGUAAAAACUCAAUUACACCAGAGAAUAGGUCAUCAGUUGGAAGUUGGGGUCUGUUAGAGAGUGUCAACCCGGAGAAUGUGCUUAACAACAUGCAGUUGGUACACGUAACUAGGCGCAGUUCACAGAAAUCACUUGCAUCGUGUAGCACACCAUCUAGAUUAGUUCAGGAAGCUGAUUUGCUGGAUAGAUCUUCACAAAAAGGUUCGCUUAGAAAAUCCAUGUCUGUGAGUUCUGCUUCAUUUAUUGUUUUAGAUGAAAGCCAAGAUGAAAACAAUGCAGUUAACUCCAACACCAACUGUAACUUGCAUAGUAGUAUUCGAAAUGAAGAAUGUAAUAAUGAGCCUGAAAAAGAAUUUUGUGAAAGAAACCUUAUUAAACGUAAAAUACGCUCUUCUAGUACUUUGAAGAAAGUUUCAGGGAGUCAAAGUACGACCAGAUAUUUUCUCAGUAGCAGCUUGAAUUGUGGUGAUGUUUUCAGCGAGCAAGGGAAAAUCACACCUCAAAACAAUAGGUUUGCAAGAAGUUUUACUGAGAAUCUUCCAAGUGAUGUUAAAGUUCCUUCGUCUAUUCUAAAGUCUGGUAGGAAGUCUUUAAGAUCAACUAGGAAAAGUGUAGUAAGAUUUAUGGCAUUUCCUGAUGUUGAAGAUGAUAAUCAAAUGUUUGGAAAAAAUGUAACUGAUGAUACAGAUACUCCUGAAGAAGUGGAACAUAUGGUCCUAGAAAAUUUAUCUGAAAGUGUGCCUGAAAAGUUACGACCGAGUGCCUCACCAGCAAGAUCUGGUUCUGCAAAGAAGCGAAAACUAAGUUUUAAAACAAAUAAAAAAAUUAUUCUGUCCACCACUAAAAAACACAGGAAUGCCAGCGAUGAGAUUAGUGUUCAGUCAGACAUUGCAGUGUGCAAUUCUGGAUCAUUUUGUGACAGUGACAUUAUUAAAGCUGGAAGAAAAAGUAGUGUUCGUAGUGCAAAAUCCAGAACAUCUCUUGGAAUAAGUGAAUUUAAUGAAAGUAGCACCACAGGAUCAUGUAUUGGAAAUGAAACUUCAUUUGAUUUCGACAGUAUCAAAACUCCAAGACUUUCAAAGGAUGUUAUUGUUUCUCCACUCUCUAGCACUGUAGUGUCUAGUUUAAGUAGAUCGAGUGAAAGCGACUCUGUUCAGAAAAUUCCUGCUGUUUGUUUAGUGGAUAUUGGAUUUCAAAGUUUGAAAGAGCAUUGUAGCAUUCCAUUUGAAGUGCCCCAGAGCAGUCUUCAGGAAUUCACAAAUCCUACAGAAAGUCACUUGAUUCAUGAUUGGGAACCUAAUAUGUCAUCAGGAUCUAUGCCUGUCUUGAAAUCUCCUUUGAUCAGUUUGUCAGGUGUUCGGAAGGCUUUAAAAACACCCAAAGUAUGCAAAUCUGCUAGGAAUAGUUUCAGGAAAUCCCUGUUGACUCCAAAACAGCGGGCAAACUCAUUGAAUAAUGUAUCAGAUGAAGCAGGCAUACUGACUGAAACAAAUUCUCCAGAUAAUUUACCUGAAAUGGAGCCGAGAAACCUGAGAACCACUAGAGUACAGAAGUCGCCUGUAAAUGAUCUAACUGAUGUUAGAGGGAUUAGAAGAUUGAUGACUACUCCGAAAACACCCAAAUCACCUGUAAAUGAUUUGACCAAUAUUGGUGGUGUCAAACAGAUAUUUAGGUCACCAAAAACACAGAAGUCCCCAUUAAAUGAUCUAACUGAUGUUAGAGGGCUUAGAAGAUUGAUGACUACUCCAAAAACACCCAAAUCACCUGUAAAUGAUUUGACCAAUAUUGGUGGUGUCAAACAGAUAUUUAGGUCACCAAAAACACAGAAGUCACCAUUAAAUGAUCUAACUGAUGUUAGAGGGCUUAGAAGAUUGAUGACUACUCCAAAAACACCCAAAUCACCUGUAAAUGAUUUGACCAAUAUUGGUGGUGUCAAACAGAUAUUUAGGUCACCAAAACCACAGAAGUCGCCAUUAAAUGAUCUAACUGAUGUUAGAGGCCUUAGAACAUUGAUGACUACUCCAAAAACACCCAAAUCACCUGUAAAUGAUUUGACCAAUAUUGGUGGUGUCAAACAGUUAUUUAGGUCACCAAAAACACAGAAGUCUCCAUUAAAUGAUUUGUCAAAUGUUAGAGGGCUCAGAAGAUUAAUGACAACUCCAAAAACGCUCAAGUCUCCUGUGAAUGACUUGACUGAUGUGACAGGUAUUGAAAGAUUGCUAAGAACUCCAACAAUGUCUCCACUCAAUAUUUCAUUUGAUAGGGGGUCCAGAACAUUGGUUAAAAGCCCAAUAACCCAACCUAAAGAUUCUAGUUAUGAUGGAGAGAAAACCAAUUCAAAUAUGUCGGAAGAUUCAAAGUCACCAUUAACUAGAAGUUUAAUAAAAACUAUAAAAACAGAACGCUCUCCAGUAAUUGAGUUCAAUGAAAUUGAUAGUGUGACAAAACUUCAGAUGCAAGAUAUCUCUAAUUCUGUGGGUGCAUCAGUUGAAAGGGCAAUUAUUACUACUGUUGAAUCACUGAAAUCAGAAAUUAAUGAUAGUUCACCCUCUCCAGCUAGGAUGACUCGAAGUAGAAAAAUUAUGAAUGUGUGUGAGCAUAGCACUGGUACACCUACACCAACCAAACGUACUCGGCGUGGGAAUGUUAAACCUGUGUCUUCAACUACUCGCGUUUCGGAUGCUUCAGGGCAUGCUUUGGAUUUUGUUGCUGGCAGUAGUGAAGUGCCGGGAAUCGAAGCAAAUGUAGCACAGACAAGAAAACCAUCUGAUACUGCUUCCCCCACUUCAACAAAGGAGGGAUCUUUGUUAUUGCCUUCAAAACCAGUCACCAGGAAACGACGUAAGGUCGAAGAAGUGAUCGAACCUGAAGAAGAAAACUUUUUGCAGAACAAGAAGAAAUUCCACUCAUCCGUGUUGGUAAAAGAUUCUACUGUUUCAAAUUUAACAUCUGAAGAUAAAAUGUGUGUCGAGGAAGAAAAUGUUCCCAUAUUAGCUACACGCAGUAAGAGGGGCAAAGCUUACGUGAAAUCUGUUGUAAUGCCUGAUACGUUGCAUGCACAUUCUAACCAAUCAUGUGAUGUAUCCAAGGAAGCAGGAGAUUUGGCAGAACCAGCCCGGGAAAAUUUGCCAAGUGUGGUAACACUGCCGGAGAAGCAGACUGUAUUGUCGCAGAACAAAGCUGUUCCUGAUAUGACAACUUUUGACAGUUCAUCACCUUCUGUAGGUAGAAGUCUGAGGACAAGACAAAAAACAAAGAAACAAGAAAUUGUUCCUAACCUAAAUGAAAUUGAAAGUCCAUCUAUUAACUCUGAUUUGGGAUCAAAAAGGCAAACGAGACGGAAUAAGAAGACUGAAACUUCCGAUUCUGUACUGUCAGAGGUGACAGCGGAGCAAGAAAAUGUUAAACCAGAUACUGAAGUUAGGAAAACCAGAAGACAGAGGAAAGUAGAAACUGUUGAAAAUUUGAUUUUGGCGCAACAGAUGUUUGACCAAGGCAAUGCUAAACCAGAAGUUAAAGUGACGAAGCCUAGGCGAAACAAGAAGACGGAAUCUGCCGGAAGUUUGGUGUUGGAAGAUGAUGCGCUUGAUCAAGAGAAUAUCAAGCCUGAUGUGAGAGUCAGGACUACGAGGCGGACGAAAAAAGAUUCUGCGGAAACCACCGCGGCCAAGCAGCCGGCUCGGAAACCACGCCGGAACAAGGAGAAUUCAGAUGCUGAACCUGUGGAACCAGAGCUGUCUGUCGUCAGCGCGAAGCCCAAAGGCAGGUCAAGGCGAGCAAAGCCGGCAGAUGACGAAGUGGCUGCGAAACCUCUCUCUCCGGAAACGAACUCACUCCUAGAAGAAUUUCAGCCUCGAGUUACUAGGAAACAUGUUACUUUCGCAGCAGAAAUGAAUGGUUCAAAUCAGGACAUAGCAAAGUCUCAGACUAAGAGAGAGGUGGCAACAACAUCUGGGAAACCCUCACGAAAAAAAGUUUUGCAGGAACCCGUGCAAAACAACAUUGGGAGCCUAUCGCCAAGAAAAACCAGAAAUAGAAGGGCAAGAUAAGUUUAACGAAACAUCGGUGCUUGGAUGUGUAUUUUAUAUUGAGACAUUUAGUUUGUAUGUAGAAUAUUAUAUAUUUCAGGUACAAAAGUUAGAAGAUUUUGUAUUAAUAGCUAAAUGUAAAUUAACAAAUUAAGCAGUGUACAGGUAUUUGAUACUAUUUUCACCCUUUUUAAAAUCAGCAGAUAAAAACUAUAGUGGUGACAGAAUAUAACUUUUGUUUGUGAAACAGUGUUUUUAUUGGACUCUUGGAAAACCAACAUAUGCCUAAAUUUUCUAUAAAAUAUUUUUAAAAUAAGUUCUCUGUGUGACAUGAGGUUUAUUUAUUAUAAUUAUUGGCUCAACAUAAAGGAAACCAGUAAGUGUUUUGUAACCAGUUUUGUUUCACAGGAUAUUUUUCUUUAUUUGUUAUCGUGGCAUUCUUACAAAGUGUACCUAGCAUUAGAAUUGACUUUUUAUGUGACCUUAACCUGGAUUAGCUAUUCCUUAAGCUAUUUUAGGUAUAUUGUUUUGGAUUUGUAUUUUUUUUUUUCACCAACAUAGAUUUACAAUGUAGAUUUUGUUGAAUAAAUAUCACGUUUGUAUAUUUUACGUAAGGUUUGUUAUCUGUAACAUUUCUGUCUUUGCAAGUUAAGGUGUUUAAGUAAGUUACAUUCAACUUAUUGUGGAAAAGAAUGAGGUGUAAGCUGGCAUGCUUGCACUUUAUUUUGGUUAUCUUUCAUUUGUUUGUUUUAUAUUUAUCAAUUUUUUUAAAUACUAACAAAACUAUGUAUAUAUCAAGAAAUUCUUCUUUCCUAUCUACAAUUUAAUAAUUUUUUUUGCCAUUUUAAACUAUUUUGUAUGUUUGGCAUUUUUCUUUAUUUUUAUAAUAUUGUUUGGCAUUUGUGCAUUUUUCUUAUAAGUUUUGUCAAACAUGAAGAUAUGAAUGCAUAAGAAAUUUGAAGGAAAGUGUAUCAUACUAGCACAUGAAUGACAAGUGAAAAUAAUGUGCAAAUGGCUUGGGCAAGUAUUGUUGUUCUUUAACAGUUAUUAAAGAACUUUUGAUAAAAUUUAA